AUGAUCCUCAACCGCUCCCUCACCCUCGGACUCCUCUGCUCCAUCUUAGGUGCAGUCUCCGCAUUCUCAAACGACAUCAGCACCAAGGCCGGUUCAAUCCCUGCAGCAAGACGCCCUGACCCACAGCCAGUCCAAUGCACAAGCCCAGGUUUCUUCUGUAAAAGCACCGUUGUCUUUGCUUCCCCCAACACCUCCCCGAACCCUCAAUACCGUGGAGGCAUCCCCGGCCCAGGAGCACUUGGCGGAAACGUGCAAGCCGACCAAUUCAUCUGCCCAUCCUCUAACGCCAACGCCGUCCGGAUCGCCUCCUGCCCACAGGGCGAUUGUCAGCAGAACUAUUGUGUAGGCGGUGGACCUGCCAAGGUUCCUGAGCGUCUCCCCUCGGGGAGUGGAUUAUAUUGCGGCAAGACGCUGAACGCCCAGCACGGCGGAGGUGGUGGAGGUGAUGGUCGUGGUGGUCAGGACAACUUGAGUGCCUUUGGUGGUUCCACCAGCGCGUAUGGCGGUGGACAUGGUGGUGGUGGUGGAGGAGGAGGAGGUCGCCCUCCACAAGGCGAGUACGUCCGAAACAGCCUGUACUACUUUAUUGGAUCCUACGGCGUCAACCUCGGUCCCUGUCCCUACCAGUGUAUCAAUGCCGGUCCUAGCACUCCCGACUAUUGCGCGACCUCUGCCUCCCAGUACUGA